AUGCAGCACAUCUCCGACUCAAAAUCACAUCUGAGCAUGCCCCGGUCCCCUCCAGCAGCUGACUCAUACCAGCAGGGCUGCAUCAGGAUGACCCUGGAGAAUGCUGAUCUCUGGAAGUCCUUUCACAACAUUGGGACAGAGAUGAUUAUAACAAAACAUGGAAGGAGAAUGUUUCCACACUGCACCAUCAGUCUCUCUGGGCUCCAACCUUUUGCCAAUUACGUCAUCAUGAUGGAUAUGGUCCCUGCAGACAGCUUCAAAUACAAGUGGAAAAAGGAGCAGUGGGAGGUCGCGGGGAAGGCAGAGCCCCAGCCCCCGUGUCGGACAUACAUGCACCCAGACUCCCCUGCCCCAGGAAGUCACUGGAUGAAGAAGCCGCUCUCUUUUCUUAAGAUGAAGCUCACCAACAACACUUUGGAUCAGCACGGCCAUAUCAUCCUGCACUCCAUGCACCGCUACUACCCCAGGUUCCACGUCACCCAGACAGACAGUCCUUACACUGUCCGCUGGGGCCCCUUUCAGACCUUCUCCUUCCCAGAGAUGACCUUCACUGCAGUGACAGCUUACCAAAACCCAAAGAUCACCAAAUUGAAGAUCGACCACAACCCCUUCGCCAAGGGCUUCAGGGAGGGAGGAACCCAUUCACACAGCAAAAGGUGUCGUUCAAAUCGAAGCCCUCCUGCAAAAAGAGCCGCACUGGACAGGAAAGCUCUCUGCGACAGUCCUCUAGGCCUGCAGAGGAUGCCCUCCACCUCUCAGUCAGUGGAGUCAGGGAAGGCUCAAGCUUCCACGCAGCAGCUCUUGAAGGGGGGUGACCUUUCAGCGUAUGCUGCGGAGCAGGACCCAUCUGAGAGUCUACACGCUGAGCCCCUGGAGCUGCAGGAGUAUGACUACAGCUGUGAAGAACAGAUGGUGCCUGCAUCCAUGCCGUACCAGCCCUACAGAUCUCUGGAGUACACCAGAUACCCACUGCCUUCCAGUGACGUAGACGCAGCGCACACCCUCGUCCACCCUCCACCCCACCCACUCGCCACAGCUGAACACAACCCCCAACAACACGGCUAUUACCACCACCCUCACCACCACAGCCAUGCAGCAGACUGGAGCCAGUACCCGCUAUUCUCCUACUCCUGCUGGUGAACUUUGACCCUUUGCAAUAGUGACGUUGAUGGAGGAUAAAAACCACUAAAGCCUUGAAGGAAUGCUGUUAUUAUGAGUGGACCAGUAAAGGACAGACGGGCCACUCCAGUUUGUGUUAUAAGUGUAUAAAAUUGUACUUAUAUUUCUUUCUUUAUAAGAGUUUGUACUGUAAGUGAGGAUCACAAAAAUAUUCAUCUGAAGUGGAGGCUCAUGUUUUCCUGUCUUUUUAUAUUCCUGAUCACACAUAUAAUUCAGUCUGGACUUGCACAGAUGGUUGUGUUAAAGUAGAUACGUUAUGUGUUUUGAGAUGCAAUACAUAUAUUGAGCUGUAUCUACUCAGCUGGGAAAUAAGUGUGAAAUUUAUUCUGCAGGUGGGAUGACAAGAUACCCAUCUGUUAUCUGGUAGCAAUGUUUUUUUUUAAAAAGCUCAUAAGGCUUUCUUCUUACAUGGAUUUUGUGCUCAUCUACAGCUGACAGCUGGACUUGCUUUAAAAACAAUAUAAUAUAAAAAUUCCCAAAAUCUAAUGCAUAAGAAAUGUACUUUAUUCAACAACAAACUCUGGAAAAUCUAUAGUUGUAGAGUCAGAUCACACAAGUCACUGUGUCAGGAUCAGUACUGCGUCAAAAAAAUGACAAAAUUGUGAAUUUGCGUUUUAACUGCUGAGGAAAGUUUUAUCACAAUAAAUCGAGAUGAACAACAAUGAACUAAACUGUGUGGCAUUCAGGAAUUCUUUUAGCUAAUUUGAUCAGAAUUAAGGACAUGCAGCUAAUCUGAAUCUUAAUGAGAUGAAUUGUGCUGGAGACCAUUGAUCCAAAUUCAAAAACAAGACUUGUGCAUCGGUGCA